AAAGCUGUGAUUCCAGUCCAAAACGGUUCUACGGCGGCAUUUUCUCUCUUUCUCCCGCCACAAUCACCGCUGCUUCUCAUCUCCGAUCAUCCGCGUAACGACGGCAAGUUCUUCAUCUCCGCCGUACUAAGGGAUUCAUCCAUAUUGACCUAGAUGGACCAGUAUGAAAAAAUUGGGAAGAUUGGGGAAGGAACAUAUGGUGUAGUGUACAAGGCCUUCGUUCGUGAAACCAAGGAAAUCGUUGCUCUAAAAAAAAUACGGCUGGAACAAGAAGAUGAGGGAGUGCCUAGCACAGCUAUAAGAGAAAUUUCUCUUUUAAAAGAGAUGCAGCACGGAAAUAUUGUGAGGUUGCUGGAUGUGGUUCACAGUGAGAGGCGAUUAUAUUUAGUCUUUGAAUAUCUUGACUUGGAUUUGAAGAAGCACAUGGAUUCAUGUCCUGAAUUCUCUAAGGAUACCGGUGUUGUAAAAUCGUUUGUGUAUCAAAUGCUCCGUGGUCUUGCUUAUUGUCAUUCUCGUAGAGUUCUCCACAGAGAUCUAAAGCCUCAGAAUUUGCUGAUAGAUCCACGCACCAAUGUGUUAAAGCUUGCAGAUUUUGGAUUGGGUAGAGCAUUUGGUAUUCCUGUUAGAACUUUUACUCAUGAGGUGGUGACAUUAUGGUACAGGGCACCAGAAAUACUGCUUGGAUCAAGGCACUACUCUACUCCGGUUGAUGUGUGGUCGGCUGGUUGCAUAUUUGCCGAGAUGGUUAACCAGCAGCCCCUUUUUCCUGGUGACUCAGAGAUUGAUGAACUUUUCAGCAUUUUCAGAGUGGUGGGUACUCCAAAUGAGAAUACAUGGCCUGGAGUGACUUCUUUGCCUGAUUAUAAAUCUUCAUUUCCAAAAUGGAGUCCUAAGGAUCUGGCAACUUUAGUCCCGAAUCUUGAUACUGCAGGAUUUGAUCUCCUUGGUAAAAUGCUCUGCUUGGACCCCAGCAAGAGAAUCACUGCCAAAAGUGCCCUUGAACAUGAGUAUUUCAAGGAUAUUGGCCGUGUUCGAUGACUCUUUGCAUCUUCAUCAACAACGUGAGCACAACUUGCUUGAUACUGGCAUUGAAGAACGAGAUGAUGAUCCGCAUAGUCAGUUAUACAUGAUUACUAUUCCUGGAGGAAUGCAGGCUACAGUUCAGGUUUACCAAGUUAUGUUUUGAUACUGUAUGAAUUUUUUUUUCUUGGUCUGACAAUAGAGAGUCUGGCCUCUCAAUAUUCAGGACUCUCCAAAAACUUCUGCUAUUUUGAUAGGAAAAUCAUGGAAGGCUAAAAUAGUUGAUCAUAGCAAUUAGCUCGUGCUAUUUUGUUCCCCAUGAAUUUUAAUUAAAUGAUUGUGUCUCGUCUCUUCAUCUCUAUUUUUCCUUUCGUUUAUAAUCCUGCCGAGGCCCGAGGGUCUUAUCAUAACCGCCCCUGGACCCUGAAAAGGUGGGGUUAAGAUCUAAGUACCUCUUACCCUCCCCAGAUCUCACUUGUGCAACUAUACCAGUAUGAUGUUUGUUGUAAAUAUGAAAACUGAAAUUUAUUUAAAUUUCUAUUUUCAUAGGUUUAA